GCGGCGGCAGGAGGAGGUGGGGGCGGGUCGGCAGCCGAAGCCGGGUAGUCAGGGGGCUGCGUGUUUCCGGAGGACGUGGCGGCUGCGCCUGAGGCGGCUCCGGCUCCUUCUCUUCGGUCCUUUGUCCGGCUGGCGCGGCUCCCACCGACAUCAUGAUUUCCCUCACGGAUAUGCAGAAAAUUGGGAUGGGUCUUACAGGUUUUGGAGUGUUUUUCCUUUUCUUUGGAAUGAUCCUAUUUUUUGACAAAGCACUUUUAGCUAUUGGAAAUGUAUUAUUUGUGGCUGGACUGGCUUUCGUGAUUGGUUUAGAAAGAACCUUCAGAUUCUUCUUCCAGAAACACAAAAUGAAAGCCACAGGUUUCUUCUUGGGUGGUGUAUUUAUAGUUCUUAUUGGCUGGCCUCUGAUAGGAAUGGUCUUUGAAAUUUAUGGCUUCUUCCUCUUAUUCAGGGGCUUUUUCCCUGUGGUGAUCGGUUUUAUUAGAAGAGUGCCAGUUCUUGGGUAUCUGCUGAAUUUACCGGGUAUAAGCUCACUUGUAGAUAAAGCUGGAGAAUGCAACAACAUGGUAUAAUGAUUGACGAAGGUCCUGAAGACUGGUUCAAAAUUUAUAUUAUUUAUAAAGCCUUCCUGAAGAUAAGUCAGUCCAGCACAACGGUUUUGUUGUAUACAAAAGCAACGUUUGUAAUGGUCUUUGAAGUAAGUUUCCAAUUUAUACCAUAGUAUACAAUAAACAUAUUUAGUAUAACAAAAAAAGGAAGCAAAUUUGCAACCCCAAGACUUGGAGCACCAGGAAUGCUGUGAACUAAACUGAAGAAAAAGUCAUGGAAUACUAAAACUAUUCAAGACUUCUUAAUAUUUUUGGAGUACAAACUAAUUGCAGCAAACCUCCCAUGGAAUUAACAGUGCCUCUAAUUUUUACCUCCUACGUCUGAAGGUGUAAUAGAGUGGUCAAGGAUCAGUUGGUAAGGCGUGACCCUUCUCUCUUCCUGUCUGCCAAAUUUCCUACUUCCCUCUUUUGGAAGAAAAAAAAAAUCUCCCAAAUGCUUCUUCUGUUGAAAGCAAGAAAGCAUGACUCACGUGGUGGUUAAGAUGGAUUCUCAUUUUUAACAAUAGCAGAAGACUUCAUCACACAGUUCAGUUCUCUGUAAAUAGAUGCUGAAAUAAAUCUUUGUAGGAAAAUGUUUAAAGCCAAAUGUAAAUUUUCAUUAACUGUAUCUUUAUCUUUGGAAUAUGCAAAAAAAAAACAACCAACCACUUUUUUGUACUGAACUUCAGGCUUAAACCAUUCCUGGGUUUGAUAGAUGUUUGGUUUGGCAGGGAAUGGGGAAAACAAUUUUACACUCCUUUCUCUUUUAUCCACAUGACUUGUAAGUGUUGGAAACAAGAAGUAACCUUUUCUCAUUCUCCUGUGCAUUAUGCGUACACAUAAUGUUUAGCUCCUGACGUGAGUUGCUUUGUUUCAUGAUGUUCACACAAUUUAUGAAACAGGACUUGCCUAGCUAGCCAAUUUGUGCAAGGGCACUUCAAUCCUGAAUCUUGUUUCUGAUUUGGUCAUUUGUAGCCAGCUUAAAGUCCUAAAGCAGGAAGCAUCAUGUUUUAUUUACUGGUAUUGCACCUGUCUGACAUCCAAAAGCUAGAUCUGAAGCACUGAGUUUAAGCCUCCUAUUCUUAUUCUGAGGGAGCAUGUUACAAAGCUAACUUACUGUGUAAAUACCUUUUUCUAACCAUCAGACAAAUAGCUAAGUCAGUUGUUUGCUGGGAAGUCUUGGGAAAUUAUAUUGGUAGCCUUGAUCAAGUGGCACAUUAGUUUGUUUUUACUUUGACUAUUAGAAACAAUUCCUAUCGUUACAACAAAUCGCAAGAUUCAGAACCUUUAUGGACAUUCUGCGGAACUGGCAAAAAGGAAAUGUGAAUGACAUACACAGUGGGAAAACUCACGUUCUUUCUUUCCCAUCACUUCUUGCAGUGGCUCUUGAUCAUAAAUUUAUCCUAACAUUAUUUUUGUUCAAGUAGCAUGUUAAUGGAAAGCUAUUGGUUUGUUUAAAUCUGAAUGGUUCAAAUAGCCAGACAAACAUCAUCACCUGGGAGUGAAUAAACACUAUAGUCUACUAAUACCCAAGGAUAGGAACUAUUUUUUUUUCUUUUAAAAUGUUCUAAGUGAUUCUUUAAAUGGGCUUUUUGAUGAGACAAAUCAGUUUUGAAAAGCUGUGAAAAUCAUUUUUGCAUUGAUGCUUCAAGGGACACUUUUCCACGAGCUUCCCCAUUUUAGAGGAGUUAUAAAAAUGUUCUAUUGUGGAUCAUUCUGAUCUCAAAAUAGGCCACUCCAACUUUGAAACAAAUGGUCCUUGUGUUCUGGAGUAGUCUGAUCUCAGAAUGGGCCUGCUUUGAUGUUAGGCCACUUCCAAAAACAUUCAGGGUUGGAAUAUUACAUGAUAGGAUAUUUGACAUGCUCCUUUCCCAUUUCUUUGAUUUCAUCUGGCAGAAAUAUCUUUUAAGAAAGGAUUUCUUCUCCAGACAGGUCUGAAGUUAGUUGUUUUUAAUCUUAAAAUAGAUGUAACUAAUCUUAUUACCCUACAACACUGGGAAAAUGUGUUGUUUUAAGUUGCAAGUUCUGGCUGUAAUUAAAAAAGGAAAUCCUGUUGAGUUGAAUGGAUCAUGCUUAAGAAAUAAACCUUGACCAUCUUUGCUAUAUAUGCUCUAGUUCCCAUUUGAUAUUUUGGCUAUAGAAGAGUGUUUUUAAGUCACUCCCAUAUUUUAAACCAUUUCAGUUGUAGUUUGUACCAUGGAAGAGAUGCUUAAGAUUUGGAGCAAUGCACAUAUCGUUCCUAGAGCUAUAAAUUGGGUUUCUUCAGAUGUUACUGCAACCUUAGGAUUCUUUCCAGAAGGAUCAGGCUGCCAAAUUAUCUUCCUGUUUACAAUGAGGAGUCCCAUUUGCAUCUUUGACUCUGCAACACCCUACCAAGUAAGAAGGAUCCAACUGAAUAGGGAUAAAAAUCUACUUUCCAUCUCUGCUUUUUCUCCAUGUUGUGAAGGUAGCAGAGGAAGACACUGCUUCCAGUCAUUCCUGGACAUGGUCUCAUCAAGACAUACUGUCCAACUCCACCAUUCAAUUAAUCACACCCUUGUGACAUUCUGAUGACUCAGUCUAGUUUAUUUAAAUGUAGGUAAGACAGUUGUCAAAUAGUAAAGAUGGUAGCGCCAUGGUGCUCUAGAAAAUAGAGAUAAUUUGCUGCUUACACUGUCCAGUUUGGAAGGCGUCCUUUAAUUUUCCUGAGAUUCGCAUUAAAAUUCAAAACACCUCUGGGUUUUUUUAAAAAAAUCAAGCACUGUCAAAGAUAAGAGUUUUUAAGUGAGCAGAAUGCAAGCAUCAAGUACCACUGCUGCUCUGUGGUCUUGCAACAUUCUCCUAGAAAACCCUGUAGAGCUGCUUAUGAACCAAUGGAAGGUUGUAAGAGUGGAUAGCAUAUUUCACCUUCACUGCUCUUCCGCGAAAAGGAAGGCUCCACAGAACUUGAUUUGGUUCAAACUAGUUUGCUGUGCUAUGCAGGUAAAGCAUACUAUAUGUUUAUGUUCAGGCAGCCAGGAAGCAAACUAUAAUACUUGCAACUUCUAAGAUGCAACCCCUUAGCAGAUACAAAAUCAGUUUUUACAGAAUUGGUAUUACGAUAGAAGAUGACUGAAUGAUUCUUUAACCUUAAGGCUAUCUUAUGUUUGCUUACUUGGGAAUCCUUGUGCUGCACUUCAUGAGGCUCAUUUCCAAGUAAGCAUAUCCAGGAGUGAGCCUGAUACGUUGUAAUCAUUUACAGAAAUAGUAUCUUCUGUAACAAAUAAGACCUCCCCAUUUAAAUGUCAUUCUUGAUUGCUGCUUAAAGAAUCGGAUAAGGAUCUUGUUCUGGAAAAUAUAUUGUAAAUAUACUUGUCAUACCUUGAAUAAAUGGGUACUUUUUCUA